AAAAAAAACGCUGCGGGCACACUUCCGGCAAAAAAAUGCAACAGGCUUAAAAACACAAAAAAUUAGGUAAAUGGCUACUAAACGACUUCUGCCCGUCUAUACGGACUUUCAGCGUCUAAAGAUACUUGAAGCUCUCAAUGAGAAAGGCAUAGCUGAAAUGCUUAACUACGAUAUAACCAAGGCACGGGCAACGAAACUGCACGCAUGGAAGUCUCAAAACGGCCCAAUACAGGAACUCAGCGAUAUUUUGAAUGUGGAAGGAUUUGGAUUGAAGGCGGCCACCAAAUUCUUCGGCAGCCUUCUCGAGGCCCCGAACAGGGGAAGAAAAGGCGCUAGCGGGGCCCAACAGAAAUCGAAGCCGCUGCUAACGACCCCUUUUAUUACUCCAACGAUAGACGAAGAACAGCGUCUUCGAAUAGGAUCAAGCGUUGGCAUCCGCAUCGGAGUAACUAGUGUCAGUUGGGCGCGUUUUGAAUUAGGAAAUAGAGAAUCCCCUUGUCACCUUACUCAUUGGCAUCACUACGAACUUAACGACAAAAAACUUCACCUAGUGGAACUUGCAAGACGAUGUUUAUACUUAGCUCACCAAAUCCAGCACGCUGAUUGCUACGUUAUGGAGAGUCCACAAAUGGCGCAGGCCGCCAGUAAUCCCGGAAGCAUAGACCAGCAAAACAUAAAUAUUCAAAAGGCACAAGUGUCGGCUAUAAUUAGUUAUGCUUUAAUGUUCCGUGCUAGUGUUGACAAAAUCAAUACCAAUAACCUAUUUUUUAUGCGCCGUUUUCUCACAGCCCGCCUAUUUAAUCAUCUUGUCGGCGCGGAGCGCGUAUCUUCUGAAGAUACAUUGUGGGCCAUGAUGAGGAACAACGAAAAAAUCUCUUCCGCAGAGACUCCACCUAACAACUGCCUGCAUACCGAAGUUCAAUUUCCCGAGGAGCUGUGCAAAAUGUUUGAGCAGCACCAGCGAUACCAAAGAGAGCUUCUGGGUCAGGCUUUUCUUCUUAACUUGGCUUUUGCUCGCCUAGUAAUUUUUCAGGAUCCAAAAGCCAUCUCCUCCAUUUCUCGCUUCUCCAAAGGCUCCCCACAAAAUGAAUCAUCUUACGAGACAAAUAUUUUAUAAAGUUGUAUUGUUUAUAAAUUAAUGUGAACCAAUAUGUUAAUGCAUUAGAUAUAAAUCAAAAUUAA